AUGGGUAGUAGUUUGAAUAUCAGAUCAAGCAUGAUCUCAGAUGAUGGUAAGAAAGCUAUCAGAGAUGCUUUAGUGGUGAACACAACAUUAAGUUUGCUUAACUGGAAAAAUAUCUCAGAACGAGAUGAGAAAACUAUUGCCGAAUCGUUGAAGGCUGAAACAUUGAUCGCCCAUAACUAUGUAUCAGAAGUCGAAGGUAUUCGUCAUUUAAGGGUAACUGUUGAAGCUAGUUUAAGUAUAAGUCCACGUUUAUUUCUGGAAAAAAGUUAUCUUUCCAAGCCAAUGCCGAAUAUACUUAUUCAAUAG